AUGAAAGCAAGAUUACGGGUGGGGGUUCCAUGGCAUCUGGUUACCGUAAUGCUCCUUUCAUUACCAUCUAUCAUUUUAAAUGUUUGCCAUGGCCAAACCGAUGACUAUGAGAACCCUGCAGCCCCACCACCUGGACUGGAUGAAUGUAACGGCAUCUAUCUUACAUAUUCUUUCACAUCUCGUGAAAAAGAAUAUCCGAAGGUAAAGAAUGCAUCCGCGCAGGCAUGGGCGUUCAAAUCUUUGGCAACGAUAACCAACACAGGCGAACAUGAACUGAAGGGUUGGCAGAUGUUUGUAGGUUUUCAGCACAAAGAAAUUUUAGUGUCUGCUUCUGGGGCAAUCGUUGUUGAUGGCGAUGACUUCCCUGUGGCAGUUGGCAAUGGGACAAUCUUCGCAGGAAAUCCACAAGUUGACCUCAAGACUGCAAUUGAAACAGCUGGAGAUUUCACCCAGAUUUCAGCACAGAUUGAGAUUACAGGCUCGGUGUUUGGGAUUAAACCACCAGGAAUACCUAUGCCAAAGAAUAUCAAGCUUGUUAAUGAUGGAUACAAAUGCCCUAAACCGACUUUGCGAGGAAAAAGCUAUAUGCGUGUUUGUUGUAAGAAGGAUCCCAAAGCGAAGGAAGAAAAGAAAAAGCUCAAGUUCUUGCCUCGUAGAUAUGGGGAUCUUUCUCUCACUUAUGAUGUGCUUCAAGCCUACGGUAACAACUACCAGGCCCAAGUUACUAUGGAUAACAUCCAUCCAUUAGGCCGGCUUGAUCACUGGAACUUAACCUGGGAAUGGAUGAAUGGAGAGUUCAUUUCCACAAUGAGAGGAGCCUACACUCACAAAAGGGACUUUUCCGAGUGUAUUUAUGGUACUGCAGGAAAAUAUUACAAAGAUUUCGACUUCUCCACUGUUAUGAACUGUGAAAAAAAGCCAGUCAUCGCAGAUCUUCCUCCGGAAAGAAAAAAUGAUUCACAAGUUGGGAAGUUGCCAUACUGUUGUAGAAAUGGUACCCUUUUGCCAUCUAUAAUGGAUGAGAGCAAGGCAAGGUCCAUAUUCCAAUUGCAAGUCUACAAGAUGCCUCCUUUCUUGAACAGGACUGCCCUUGUACCACCCGAGAAAUGGAAGAUUGAUGGAGUAGUCAAUCCUCAAUACAAAUGUGGCCCUCCAAUCAGAGUAGAUCCAACAGAAUUUCCUGAUCCGAGUGGACUUGAUUCUAAAACCUACGCUGUUGCAAGUUGGCAAGUAACUUGCAACAUAACACGUCCGAAGGAGAAGCUUUCGCGAUGCUGUGUUUCUUUCUCUGCUUAUUACAAUAGAUCUGCCAUUCCCUGCAAUACUUGUGCCUGUGGCUGUGAUAACAAUAAAGGUUGCAGCCAGAAUGCAAAAGCAAUGCUUCUCCCGCCAGAGAGUCUUCUCGUGCCUUUUGAUAACAGGACAGAAAAGGCAUUAGCAUGGGCUGCACUAAAUAAAUUCAAAGUUCCAAAUCCUAGACCUUGUCCUGAUAACUGUCCAGUUAGCAUCAAUUGGCAUAUUGACUCUGAUUACAAGACUGGAUGGACUGCUAGUGUCACUCUUUUCAACUGGGAUGAUUCUCCUUUCGAGGAUUGGUUUGCUGCAAUCAAAUUAGACAAAGCCUACAAGGGACUUGAAGGUGUGUAUUCCUUAAAUGGAACAAAGUUUGACAACCUCAACAAUACUAUAUUACUCCAAGGCCUACCAGGUUUGAAUUUCUUGAUGGGAGAGGUAAAUGGCACCAAACCAGGAGACCCGAGGGUUCCUGGAAAGCAACAAACUAAGAUAUCAUUCAUCAAAAAACGUACUCCAGGCAUCAAUAUACCACGGGGUGAUGGGUUUCCUACAAGAAUACUUUUCAACGGAGAAGAGUGUGCACUGCCUCCGCAAAUUCCCCGGUCGAGUGCACAGCAAAAAUCCCAUUUUAAGUUCCUCAUAGUCAUAAUCAUGGCAAUAGUGACUUUCAUUCUGAUGUCAGAUCACCUCCAUUGA